UGUUGGACAAACGUAGUAGAUGGAAUGCUCUUGGUUUUGCCUUUCAAUAUUCUCUCUAUAUAUUACAGACUGCAUAACCAGCAUAACCAAACGGUCAAACACUUCAUCAAACCAUGUCUCCAAAGGCAACGCUGCUACCAGGCCUAAUUCUCUUCUUUCUGAUCUCCAUCUCAAUCCCGUCGUCCUUCGCCGCCGACGUGCUGACGGUUUACGAAGCCCUCGAGGAGUACGACUUCCCGGUCGGCAUUCUCCCCAAAGGCGCACUGAGCUACAAGCUGGACAGCUCCACAGGUAAGUUCUCAGUCUACUUGAAUAGCACUUGUACAUUUUCCAUCGACUCGUAUAAGUUGAAGUACAAGUCCACCAUAAAGGGUGUGAUAAAGACCGACAAGAUCUCAAGCUUGAGUGGCAUCCAAGUUAAGGUGCUCUUUCUGUGGCUGAGCAUUACCACCGUGACUCGUGACGACGAUGAGCUAAAAUUCUCGGUCGGCAUCGGCUCCGCAAACUUUCCGGUCAGUAAUUUCUAUGAGAGUCCGACCUGUGGUUGCGGUUUCGAUUGUGUCAACGGGAAAAGAAAGAUUAAGAAUUUGGUGUCCGCACUUUAAAGUCAAUCUUUAGCUUUUUAGUGCCUAAAUUUCAGUUUUAUGCUUAGAUUAAACAUGAUUUGAGAAUAAAUGCUAUGAUAUCAUUUGUAAGUGAAUAUCAUUUGCUUCUUUGUAUGACUUAUGAAACUCUAAUCUACAUAAUUUUUUUUUUAAUUUUA